UUAUAGUUUUACAGUAUGUGCAAUGUAGUUACAAUGUAGCUAUGGCUAGACAGAAAAUUUUAUACAGCCACUUGUACCUUAGAUGUCUUUAACUUGCUCUGCAUUUGCAUUUUUGUCACAACUAACCAGCUUUAUUUCUUUCUUUCCAGAUCCACUGCUUUCUGUGGAGAACUUUGCUCAAGUUUUGUGUGAGGAUCUAGAGCUUCCAACAAGCUCAUUUGCUCCAGCAAUCAUUCAGUCCAUCAAACAACAGAUUGAUAACUUCACCACUGAUGUUAUACCACAAGAUGAAGAAGAUAGAAGAGUCAUCAUUAAACUCAAUAUACAAGUAGGUAAUAUAUCACUAGUAGAUCAAUUCGAAUGGGAUUUAUCCAAUCCUCUUAAUGUGCCUGAGGAAUUUGCAAGGAAACUAUGCCAAGACUUGGGACUCGGAGGAGAUUUUGCUACUGCUAUUGCUUACAGCAUACGAGGGCAACUAAGCUGGCAUGCAAAGACAUAUGCAUUUAAUGAGUCUCCUCUUCCUCCCAUUAAGUUUCCAGUACGCACUCUCUCUGAUGCAGAGACAUGGGGUCCAUCAAUCCAAAUACUUACUGAUGCAGAGAUGGAAAAGAAAAUGAGAGACCAGGACAGGAACACUAGAAGAAUGAGGAGACAGGCUGGACCCAGUUGGUGACAUUCAAACACACUCACUCUCUCCCUCUCUCUCUUUUACUUAUUCAUUUGAUAAUAAAUCAAUUUCCAUUAUUAACUGAUAAAGUGUA